UUUUGUUAUUUAUUUAUCAUUCAACAAUCUACCUAUUUUAUUUUUAGAAUAUUUUUUAUAAAAAUGAGUACCUUCUUCAGCAAUAUAAAAUCAACUAUAGCCAAUGUAGAAAAUAAAAUUGCUUCGUUUAACAAAAAGGAAGAAGAAUGUGAAAUACAAAAAUUGGAAGAAAAUGUUGAGAAAAUGACUGAAGAAAAUGAAGAAAUUAAAAAAGAGGGAGGAGAAGAGGAGGGAAAGAGUUCUUCUAAACCUUCACUUUUUGCUAAUAAAAUGUUUGGAAUGGCUAUUAAGGCUUCAACAAAAAUACAAGAAGAAGCGAAGAAUUUUACACCUUUGAAAAUUAUUGGAAAUUUCGAAAAAGAAAGACAAAAAUUUAUUGACGAGUUAGAAUCUGAAAAAAGAACAAAAAUGGAAGAUUCAAGUCAAUUAUGUCUUUUACUCGACAAUUUAGAGGCAAAGAGGCACAUUAUUUCGAUUUCAAGUGACACAAAAAACUUUACUGAGGACCUGCCAAUUUCUUCUGAUAUUGGAAUUGAAGUUGAAGAGAUUAAAACAAACGCUAAAGAAUUUUUUAAGUUGGACCCACGUUUGGAAGAUGUUCGGUUUGAAUUGGUGCCAAAAAGAAUCACAGAAGCAAAAUUCUGGCAAAAUUAUGCCUAUAAAUUAUCUCUAGUGAAGAAAGUACUUGGGGACAAACCGCCUGUUGUUGAACCAAAAAUAGUCCUAAAUACACAAGAAGAGGCUAAGACAAGUGCAAUAGAUGGAAAAGAGCAAGUAAAAGAAUCAACAACAAACCUGGAACAAGAAGAGGACGAUUCAUUAGAAAAAGAUUUAUUUGAGGAUUUUGACGAAUUUGAAGUAGUCAAUGGAAAUUGUGGUAAUGGAGGAAAAAAGGAAGAAGACGAAAAUAAAUUAAUUGUGGAUGAUGAAUUAAAUGAUGAAAUUAAUGCUUUAUUGGAAGGUGAUAAAUAAAUUAAAUUUAUUUUUAUUUUGGGGGGCUUGUAAUAUAACAAAAAUUUUUGGUUGUAGAUUUUUUAAAAAUAUUUUUUAAAAACAAUAUCCUUUCUCUGUGACUAAAAAAUAAAUUAUAUUUGUUUUUUCUUGGUUUUUUUAUUAAUGCAACGAAAAAAGUGGGAAAAAUUUUUUUGAGAUAGAAAAGAGGAAAGAAUAUUGGAAAAAGUUAAUUUCACAAAAAGAAAUCCGCAUGUUUUGUCCGCAAAUGUUUCCUGGAAUGUCCUGAUCUGAUCCCGAUAUCCUAAUGUCCUGAUC